AAUGAUAUUUAAACUAUUGUUCGGUUUUGGCCUUCUGGCUUUCUCUAAUGCUCGAGUACUUGAAUGGAAUCCACUAGCUCCCAGAAUUGUCAAUGGAGAAGAUGCUAAAUCUGGAGAAAUACCUUAUCAGGUAUCUCUUCAAACUACAUACAACUUUCACUUUUGCGGAGGUUCAGUUUUAAAUGAAAACUAUGUCAUCACUGCAGCCCACUGUGUUGUAGGACAAAUUGCUUCUGGAAUUAAAGUAGUAGCUGGUACAUUGAAAUUGAGCAAUCCAAAAGCAACACAUAAGAUCCAAGAAAUAAUUGUUCACAAAAAAUACAAUCCCAGCAAUUCUUGGAAAAAUGAUAUUGCUCUAUUAAAAGUGAAAGUCCCAUUCAAUAUCAGUGAUGAACUUAAGAUGAUUUCUCUUCCAAAAUCUAAUCAAAUCGUUUCUGAAAAUCAGAAGGCUGUUGUCUCUGGCUGGGGCAAUCUUAGACUGGGUGGUUCUCCUCCUGAUCAUUUGCAACGAGUUGAUCUUAUAAUUUCUGCUCAAGAAUUUUGUAGAAGUGUAUAUGAAAGUAUGGGUCUUUCUGUUCACGAUUCUCAAAUAUGUGCGUAUGAUCCAGUGGACGAGAAAGGAUCCUGUCACGGUGAUUCUGGUGGUCCAUUGACUGUGGAAGGCAAGCUCGUUGGUCUUGUUUCUUGGGCAAAUGGGUGUGCAAAAACUGAGUAUCCGACGGUUUAUACUAGAGUAUCUGAAUUCCUGGACUGGAUCAAAGAAAACGCGGUCUAAUUGUUUUGUGCAGUAUAUUUAUUAUAUAAUUACAAUUAAAGCGUGUAGGUUAUUUCAAAUUUUGAUAUCUUCUAUAAGUGUUUAGGUUUUUAUAAAUUGUCUAAUUGUACCGAUUUUUUGGUACGACUAUUUUUUGGUACAACUUAGCCCAACUAAUAAUUGGGCGCCAAUCGGGCCCCAACUGGGCAGCCCAAUUAACAAAAAGUGACAUUAAAUUACAAAUUAUUUUCAUUAAAUAAUUACGUAGGUGCAAUCUAACACAAAUCUUGAAACUUUACCAAUUAUUUCGAAUUUUUCAUUAUCAAAACUUAUGUUGAUAAAGUCGG